AUGCCUCGCAAACCUCAAGUUGAAUAUCAAGAAAAGGAAGAUGCAAAAGGAGAGGGUGAGAACGCUUCAGAUGAUGAACAAGCACAUGAAGAAAACAACAAAGCAAAUGCUAUUAAAGACGAUUUGGAAGAUCUCCGAGAAGAGAUAAAACAAGUUAAAAAAGAAUGUGGUAUUGAAUCAACAGAAGAAAAAUCACCAGAACCAGAACCAGAACAAAAAAAACAAAAAACCAAUUGA